UGGACCUAAAUAGAGCACCAUCCCCUCAUGGAGCUGUAAUAGUCUUGAAGUUUGUCAGCCUGAGAAGAGCAUCAGUAUAUUGAUCCAGCCUUCCACCAUCACAGUUGACAAUGCUGAAACGCACAGACUCCCUGGAGCUCAUAUAUUACCUAAACUGUAUUUAUAGGGAACCUAGGACAGUUGUACUCCACAAGGGAUCCACCGGCCUUGGCUUCAACAUAGUGGGGGGAGAAGAUGGAGAAGGCAUCUUUGUCUCCUUCAUCUUAUUAGGCGGCCCAGCGGACCUUAGUGGAGAGUUGAGGCGGGGUGAUGAAAUCCUAUCUGUUAAUGGCAUUGACCUUCGUGGAGCCACACAUGAACAGGCAGCAGCUGCACUGAAAGGAGCCGGGCAGGUGGUCACCAUUGUUGCUCAGUACAAACCAGAAGAAUAUGGACGUUUUGAAGCCAAAAUCAAUGACCUUCGAGAACACAUGAUGAACCACAGUUUGAGCUCUGGGUCAGGGUAUCUGCAAACAAAUCAGAAGAAAUCACUCUAUGUCAGGGCACUGUUUGACUAUGAGAAGUCAAAGGACAGUGGACUACCAAGCCAGGGGCUGAGUUUCAAGUAUGGUGAUAUCCUUCAUGUUACCAAUGCAUCAGAUGAUGAGUGGUGGCAAGCCUGUCGUGUCACCAGCCAUGGAGACAGCAAGGAGAUAGGAGUCAUUCCCAGCAAGAAAAGAGUGGAACGGAAGGAGCGGGCACAUCUAAAAACUGUGAAAUUUAAUGCCAGUGCAGGAUUGUGUGAUUCAAAAGUGGUAAGUUCUUGUAUUAAGAUCUUAUUCUUUUCCAUAAAAAACACAGCCUUCAUUAACAUUCAAAGUUGUCUUUUUGGCAGAACUCAUCUUUAAGUUCUUUACAUGGCUUCUAUGAAUUACUCUUGGUCAUUUAUUGUUUAG